AGAAGAGUUAAAGAAAACGCCAACAAAAUAGACAACAAGGCAAGUCCGCGCCUCCGAACAAGGACAUUAUACCACAAGACACGCUGCAACUAGUUAUAAGCCGCAUAGCCGUGCUGAUUUUCGACCGGAGUACGAAAAGAAAGCAGCCAAAACGGAGGCGCGCAGGCUAGCGGAGAUCGCGGCGAUGGAGAAGAAGGCCAAGGAGUCGCUGCGCCGCUACAAGAAGGCCGCCCGUCACAGUGCGACGCACUCGAGCAGCUCGGACUCCACCUCGGACUCCGACAGCGGGAGCAGCUCGUACAGCAGCACGGACAGCGAGCAGGGCGUGGGCGGCGUCGGCGUGGGGGUGGGCGUACCUGGUGGCGCCGGUGGUCCCGGCGGCAGUGGCAGCGUCCACGGUCAUCCCCAUACCCACGGCCAUGGGCAUCAUCCGCGCUCCGCGGAGCGUCAUCAUCGCAAAAAGAAGAGCUCACGGCGCGGCGGCAGCUCGUCCGGAGAUGAACCAUCGUCGUCGCGCCGCAAGCGAGACAAACGGGAUCAUGUGCAAAAGAAGCUGGUGGCCAAGCGAAAUCAUAUCAAACGGAAACUGAAGGAAGCGCGCCUUAAGAAACGGGCGGCCGCCGCCCUCAGUGGUCACGUCCAUCGUUCCCUGUCGCCGACGACGCGAGCCAAGCUAAAGAAGCUGGCCGAGCGAAAGAGGCUACGGGCUGCCAGCAAGGAGCAACGGGAGCGGGACAAGCUGCGCGUCGUCCAACGAGACAGAGAGCGAGACCAUCAUCGAUUGGGCAGCAGUAGGAGUCCGCCGAGCAGCAGCACUACCACCACCACCAAGAUUCGCAUCCAUCAGGACAUCGUGGGUAAGCGGCAAAAGAGUCCAGGUUUAGGUUCUGGUCUUGGAGGCGGCAGCAGCAGCUCAUCCUCGCGAAUGCAUCACCAACUGAUGUCGCGAGAGAAGAUCAUCAUCCAGACCCGCGCACGUGGACGUACUCCGUCCCUGGAACGGGAGCGGGAAAGGGAGCGCGAGCGAGAACGAGAAAGAGAGCGCGAACGCCACGAUCUCUCAUUGCGGGAGCGAGAUCGUCGGGAUCGGGAGCGCGAGCGUGCGGAACGGGAGGCAGCCAGGGAUAAGGAGCGCGCUGAGGCCUUGGCUCGCUGCCAAGAACGUCAACGGGAGCGGGAACGCUUGGCUCGCGAAAAGUUGCGUCGUCAGGAGGAAGAGGAAGGUGGUAAACGCGGUGGUCCCGGUCGAGACUUGGAUCUUCCGCCGUAUGGCAGCCGGGAGCGAUCGCUGGACACCGUCGAAAGGGAACGAGAGCGCGAACGGAGCGGGCGUCAUGUCCGCGAUAAGCGCGAGUUGGAUCCCUACGAGCGUGAGCAAGAGUAUCUGGAGGAACGACACGGCCACGGGCUGAUCGACGAGAUGCGAAGGUAUCGGCGCAGGGACCUCAGUCCCAUGCCUGAGCAUUAUGCACCCAGACUGCGGGAUCCGCGGGAACUGUACUCCGAGGAGGAGCGGGAGAGAGCCUACAAACGCGCCUAUCUAGAUGCCCGCUAUUCCUCGCGGGAACGAGAAGCCUGGCUGGAGGCACGCGAGUUGCGGGAACGAGAGCUGCAAGGACGCGAGUACCGUGACCUCGAAACGGAAGACACCCUCUAUCCGGACGAGCGGGAACGUCUAAUCCGGGACAGGGAGCGUGAUCGGGAACGAGAACGUGACCGCGAAAGGGAACGUAAUAUUGGACCCCGUGGCGACUUCCGACCGGAGUGGGAACGCGAGUGGGAGGAGGAGGGAGCUGGUGGCGGCCCAGGCGGACCUAGUGGAACCCCUGGGCGACCGGGUGGCUUUGUUGGCGGACCCAAGCGGGGCAAACCCCCAGCUCAUGCGGGCGGAGGACCUCCCUCGCAGCAGCAGCACCAUUCUGCUUCGGAGCCCGACUGGGAUGCGGACGAGCGGGAGCGAGAGCGGGAACGAGAGCGCGAUCGGGAACGCGAACGCGAUCGUGAGGAUCGACCGGACACAGGAGGCGGAGGCGCUGGCGGCGAUAGGCCAUCUAUCAAAAACGAGCCCGCUUGGUUGGAGCACGAUCAGCGGGAAAAGCCACGCGGCUGGCAACAGCAGUCGUCCAAUUCUGGAGGUGAUUGGCGGGAUAACGAUGACGCGCCGCCAGCACCAUCGCAUCCGCAUCCAGCUUCACCGCACCACCAUGUGCAUCCGAGGGGCGAACGAGGAUCCGGCAGAGGAUUCCGGCGCGGAGGCCACGGUCAUGGCGAUCACGGCGAGCGGCCCGGUUACCGAUCGCAUCCGCCACCGCUGAUGACGUUGCCGGUGCAACCGCCUGGUGGUUACUCACGCGGAUUUCCCCAUAAGAGAUUGCCUUAUGGAUCUGGCCGAGAUGGCGCCGCACUGGGCGCCCGUGACGGCGGACUGCCCGGAUCGUCGACUUUCCUCAAGAAGCACACGCACGCACCGCUGGUCUCGCCGACGCAGACACCACUCCUGAAUCCACUCCUCAACGCGGCCAAACCAAAUGCUGCCGCACAGGCGAGUGCUGUGGCGGCGGCCACCACAGCAGUGGCAGCGGCUAAGGCUGCGGCCCAAAGCGCCGCCAACGCCACCACCAAUCCCGGAAUACUGGCUCAGGUGCGAUUGAUUUUCGUUUACUUCGCUGCAGAGACAUCGGAUGCGGCCUAUCAUAUCAUUUGGCGGCAAUGAUUUCGUCUUUGUUUAUAAUUAUAUAAAUGUGUUUAUGUUAGCUGAGUGCAACGUUCAUCCAUUCGAAAUCAAUUGUUCACCAACCGUUGUGCAAUAACGUAGUCAUUUUGUCCAGCGGAAAUGGUAAGCAAACUAAAUACCGUGUGCAUCAAGCAGGAAGAUGCGUCCGAGGACUCCGCAGGCACACCUGAACUGGGCGCCCAAGAUUCGCCGACCCAGAGCCUGAACCUGAAUCAGUCGCUGUCUUCCGAGGGCAAUCCAGUUAAACAGGAGCUAAUCCGCACCAGCGCCGUCGAGGGUGAGCUGAGCGAGAUUAGCGACAGCGAUGACGAUAUUCUCAAUAAGACGGACAAGGUGCGGCCCAAGAACGAGCUGCCCACGGAGACGGAGCAGGAAAUGGACACCAAUGCGGAUGAGGUCAAAAGCGAGGCACUCCACAUUGUGGCUGGGCAUCCGAUCAAGGGCGAGGAAGGGGACGAGGUGCUGGACUUUGAGGAAAUAUCCGAUGGCGAACUCGAGGAGGAUGCACGCCACAAGGGCAUUGGCGAUGCUUUGGGCGUGGACUGGCAAGGAUUGAUAGCAGAGACCCGUCAGCAGGCCAGCGAUGCUCAGGCGGCCCAACAGGGCGUGGAUCGCGGCACAUCCGCCAAGCAGAGAUGGCAGCCAUAUCGCGUGCUCCUCGACUUGGGCAUAUCGUUCGGAAUGGCGGGCGAGGGCUACGCCCGUUGCGUAAUGGAGGAGGCGCGCCAGCAAUUGCUCCAGGAGAAGGAACAGGGCCAACAGCGCGAACUGGAUGGAGACGAGGAGCCUCCGGCUAAGAUACCCUCGCCACUGCUCGACUAUCGCGAAUUCCUGGCCAGCCAGCAGCAACUGGAGCCACUGGCCUGCGUGCAGAUGGGUCUUCGCAGCGCCGCCGUCGAGCGCCAGCGUUUGGUGGGCAAUGUCUGCGGUCCGGGAAGCCGAGCUCUGAGUGCUCGCCAGGAUUUGCGCUUGCGCCGCCAGCUGUGCGGAUUGCCAGCACGCGAAUGCGAGUUCCCGCGCAGUGUUCCCAUCGUGGGAGAGGGACUGCGAAACCUGGCAAUGCAAAUGUUCCAGCGCAGGCUUCUGGAUGUCAAAUGAGAUCCGAUGCCCGGCGUGCAGCGAGAGCUGCGUUACCGAAAGCCACGUCACUAUCGACUGGAUAUACAGAUCUUUAUGGGCGUGGAGAAGGGCAAGGCGACGAAACGAGACCACUACUAGGUGGAUUUUAGGAAUAAGCUUAAUGUUUGAGAUAUAACUUGAUUUCGAUUAUUGAUUCAAACUUGGAAAUUGUGAAAAUUGUGAAAUAUGAAUUGCAUUAUAAAAAUUGUAGAUUAUAAAUUGAUUAUGAAUUAUACAAAAUUGUGAAUAUCAACUGCAUUAAUACAUGUUCGAAAUAUAAAGUGUCGUCCCAAU